UUUUGGGAUGACGUUUACGGAAGUUUACAUUCCGCUAGGAAAACGUGCUGCUCAUGGCAGCCUGAGUAAAGCCGGUUAGCUUCCCAGCAGCGAAGCAGCUUCAACAUGAACUCUGUUUUAAUAAACGCGGUGUUGUCCAGCUCUCCUGAUUACGGCCUUUUGUUCGAGUCUCUGUCCUGGCCGAGUGACUCAUGGCCGGGGACGGAGCGGGUGGAGGCGCUGACAGCUUUCAUUGGAGGACUCGGACCACUUCUCUCCGACUCGGACUCGACUCAUCUGUCAGCAACGAAUAGAAAAUCUAUUAAAAGUAAGAUUGAGUCGGUGAUUUUUACUCGGUGUCUACCUCUUCUUUCUAAAAUAUCAGCCGAGGCCGGAGACAUGCGGUGCAGGGAGAGCACCGCUGCUGCCUGCCGACUUGUGAGCGUCUGUGUCCCGCUGUGUGACGAGGCUGUUCCGGGGCGGGUAGCUCUGUCUGUCCUGCCGGCCCUCCAGCUGUCAGAGGAGGAGGUGUCCGGUCCUGGACGAUUCAGCGUGGAGGUUGCCAGUGAAGUCAUGGCUGCUCUCAUACCCUCACUGUCAGAUGAACGGAUCAGGCUCACCAUCCUGACAUCUGCCCUGUCCUGCAUCAAAACGCUGCCUGAUGCUCUGGUCUCCAAAAUCACAGUCAGGCUUCUCUUGACCCUCCUGAGCUGCUGCAGCGGUGAGAGGUUGGGAAGCUUCCUCAAGUUGAUGUUGGAUGAUCUGUGCGCCUGGCACUGCACUGAGCGCACAGCUGUGGUCACAGAGCGGACACUGCUGUGUCUGACCGCCCUGUCAGACCACCUGCUGAGGCCUCACAGCCUCCCCUCCUCCUCCUCCUCCUCCUGUGAUCCUCGUCCAUACCUGCAGUUCUGGAUGAUGGUUCAGGAUGGACUGACGCACAGAGACGGUGUGUCACGCAAGAGGGCGUUGUACCUGCUUAAGAAGUGCGUGGCCCUGUCAGAAGAGGAGGGAUUGGACUGUCCAAUCUCUCCAUCAGUUGUUGCAGACGAGAUCUUGUUCAGAUGGGCCCCUAACAGGAGCAAGCUGCUCAGAGAGUUCUGGGAGGAUUACGCACUGGUGAUGGAGACACUGGAGGAAAACCAGGUUCAUGUCGUCCGGCCCGUUCUCAACAGAAUAGACACGUUGAUCCAGACAACAGUGAAUGACAGUCAAGCUUCAGAUCAAGACCUCUUCCACCCCUCCUGGCUGCUGUGUGUGUACCAGCGGAUGUUCCACAGUGAGAAUAAAUCCUUAAUGAGAGAGGGAGUGUGUCAUCUACUGGAGCUGCAGGUCCUGCAGCAGCCGGAGUUUGCGGUGGCCUUUUCUCAGUUUAUCGUCGGCCCUUUUAUGGAUGUUCUGUCUGAAACGUCGCUCUUCUACAGGUCAGUUGGACAGAGUGUAGGAGACUGUCCUGAGCUCGGGGCGAAACUCCAAGUCUUCAUGGCCACCUUCUUCAGCAGCCUGCCAUCGGAGCACAGAGGUCGCAUGCUGCUGCAGAUGAUCCAGCAGCUGUGCUCUCAGCACUGGUGUGCGGUGCCCCUCCUCUUCCUCUCCAUGGCCCUCUCCAAACUCCCCACAGGUCCGUUGCUGGGAGUCGAGGGGCUCACCGCUCUCAGGGAGGUGCUGCGCUCCACCAUGAUCACACAUCAAGUCCUGCUGAGAGGUGCGUCUCAGUGCUUCCUGCUUGAUAGCUCGCUCCGCCUCACAGAUGUGAGUGCAGUGACCCUGGAUGAUGUUUUCAGUUUCCUGAUGGAUUUUCGUGCAGACGAGUCACUGUGUCGAGGCACACAGAUCUGGAAUCAGACGUGCUCCUGGCUACUGGACAAUGAGGGCAGUUUCAAGCCGAUGAUUCUGGAUGCAGAUCCCACAAAGAAGGAAACUGUAAGAGGCUAUGUUCAAAGCGAGAUCCACAACUAUCUUCGAGUACCAGCUAGCACAGGUCACACUGAGAGGUUACCUGACCCGAAAGAGGCUGAUAAGUUAGCCAGGGCCAUUCUGCUGUGCGUGGACAUGGAGGGGAGUCAGCCCGGGGCAGAGAUCGGUAACACUCUGGAGACAUUACUGUCUCCGCUGCUGGACACCCUGAGCAGAGUCAGCACCAAUAUCUACCUGCCUGUGCGCAAGAGUGACAAGAGCCUGCAGCUCAUGCUCCGACUGUUCCAGCUCGGGAGGACGCCAAGCUGUCAGCAUGCUGGAAAGCAGCAAGCGGAUAACUUGAUGGUGGCCAUGGAGACGCUAAUUUUCAAACUCGUCGAUCCGAUCCAGGAAUUUAUCCUGAGGCGGCUCUUCGGGGAGCUGCAGGAGUUGUUUGACGUGGAGCGGGCAGAGCUGUAUCUGUGUGUCUUGAGGCAGCUGGCCGUCAUGUACAGUUCGUUACCACAGCACCGCAGUAAAAUGCAGCAGAUCUAUUUCCCAAAACUCGUCAAGUACAGCCUCAAGGUCCUGCAAGAGCCGAGCCAGCAGAUUCUCUCUGUGGCAAAUCAGGUGGCUCGAGCAGUUGCUAUGGCAUCCCUGGCUAUGGUAUGUGGUCUUGUGGAGCAGGACGUGAUCAGCAUGGGAUCAGAAACCAUUUCUGCCCUGAAAUCACUGAAUGACUACUUUUACUGUCCAGUAUCAUCUUCCUCGUUAGGAAACUUCAAUAAACGGCUGCAAAGACCACAGACAGUAGAUGGUUCGGGUGACGUAGGAGUGCAGGGUCCUCUGCUGCAGGAGUGGGGAUGCAUUGCUGCCAAUUUCAUGCGGGACCAGUGGAUUUGUCUGAGCUUCCUAAUUAAGGCUGUUGGGAUUCCCGAGUCCGCAGAGGCUUCCAGAUCACCCGAGACUCUCAAGGCUGCUCUCGGCUGCAGCGUGGAGGCCCUGGCACUGCUGCCCAGUGACCUCGUGCUGCCUGUGCUCACCUUCAUGGAGACAGUGCUGCCACAACUGCUACUUAUUGAGGAAGCCCUCUGUGUGGAGGCCGUGACUCUGGGCUGGGAGCUGGUGCAGGAGCUGACCACUAAUGCCCAUGACUUCUGGCUGGCCCUGAAAGGAUUCAUCUGCAUGGCCUUCCACCAUGAACUGCUCCAGCUGACAGAAUCGCAGGCUCCGACACUUGUUGCCACCCUGAAACAGAUUGCCACUGAGCUGUUGGAGCUGUCUCAGUCGAAGAGUGGAGUGUUUGGUGUGCUGCUUCAGCACUGCUGUCACACGUGGCUGCCAACAGACGGAGGUGGCGGGGACACGGCUGACACCGUGUUUGCCGGUGUUUUCAGCCACGUCAGCAUCCUCACCGAGGCCUGCGUCUACGGACCAGUGUUCAGGAGAGAUCAGCGGCUCAUCCUGGAUGUCCAAACAUACGUGGAGCAACUCGGUGAGGUGUGUGCCGCCAACGUUGCAGUGACAAGCGAUAACAGGGACGACCAGUUGCCACGCACAUGUGUACUGGCUUUCCUCAGCCGCCUGGAUUCAUCUAAUCCGCAGCAUCAAAGACUGAUGGAGGAAAUAGUUGUGGAUUUGUUGAAAAAGGAUAAUGACAUAUCAAAGUCAAAAGUGCGUUACUAUAGCAACUCCCUGCAACAUCGCAUCAAAAACAGAGUGUGGCAGACGCUGCUGCUGCUGCUGCCCAAACUCAGAGAGGAGUUUGUCACCUCGCUGGUGAGCCGUGUGUUUGAAGCUGGGUUCUGCAGCAACCAGGCCUCUGUCAAGUACCUGAUCGAGUGGAUGAUGAUUCUGAUCCUGGUCCGCUACCCGCGGCACAUGGACGCCUUCUGGGCCUGUUUCAGCAUGGAUCAUGAAAAGACAAAGACAAGCAGCUGCACCUUCCUGUCAGUCCUGGUACAUUUCAGCGUCAUCCUUCCCAAUCUUCAGGAUGAGGCAUCGCAGCUGCGUAAAGCGCUGGACAUCAUCCUGCAGUGGUGUUUCAACCACAACUUCAGUGUGCGGUUGUACGCCUUGCUGGCCCUGAAGAGGGUGUGGAGCCUGGCUGAGGUGCGGGCAGGCGAAGGGGCCGCUGGUCUGGGAGAGCUGUCCACUGUCAUCAAGGCCUGUCUGAACCAGGCGGAGGCCAUGCAGAGCACAGGAAAUGCCAAUAAGAACUGGAUGAGGAUCCAGGAGCACUUUUUCUUCGGCGCCUUUCAUCCCAUCAGCGACUACAGCGUUGAGACCAUAUUCUACACUUUCCCCAGCCUGUCAGAGGUGGCUGAUGAUGAGUGGAUUCCAGCCUGGAAGUUUAAGAGACUGUCGUGUUUCUCCGAGAAUCCGUCUUUUCCUCUGAGGAAUCUGUCUCCAGACCUGAGGCAGCUCCAGCCCGGAGACUGGAUCCAGCAAGACAAAGGUGAGCAGAAUAAGGAGGACCGCUGGGCCGAGGUGCAGAAGAAGAUCACUCCCUGGAGGCUGGGGAUCCAGGAGCAGGAGCCCGAACUCCAGCUGGCUCCGCAGCAGAGGGCCGCUCGACUGGGCAAACUGCACGGCGCCCUGCUGGUGGUGGCAUCGCUUAUCGACAAGCCCACCAAUUUAGGAGGUCUGUGCAGGACCUGUGAGAUCUUCGGUGCCAGCGCUCUGGUUCUGGACAGCCUCCGCCACGUCAGCGACAAACACUUUCAGUCCCUGAGCGUCUCGUCUGAGCUGUGGCUCCCUCUGUUAGAGGUGAAGCCAAUGGAGCUGACUGACUUCCUGCAGCUGAAGAAGAGUGAAGGCUACUGUAUUGUUGGAGUGGAGCAGACAGCCAACAGUCAGAGCCUCCAGGACUUCAAGUUCCCCGAGAAGACGCUGCUUCUUCUGGGCAAUGAGCGAGAAGGAAUUCCUGCCAACCUGCUCCAGAUGUUCGAUGUGUGUGUGGAGAUCCCCCAGCAGGGGGUCAUCCGGUCACUCAACGUGCACGUGAGCGCCGCCCUGCUGAUCUGGGAGUACACACGUCAGCAUCUGGCCUCGGGGUCGUCCGAGGCCGACCCGAGGCGCAGCUGAGGCGCAGGCCGGGUGAUGUUGCGGCCCCUUUCAGGACGAGACCACUGACGCUCCUGUCCGGCGGCAGGUGUGAAAAGCAUCUUUCGGGGGGACUGAAUAUAAAAUAUCAGCGACCGAUCGUGGAGACGAUGCUCCAUCCUGUGGACGCCAGGGGCCGUCUGAGGAUGUUCGUGCUCCGUAUGCUCGGGUCAGCAGUCGUCAGCGGCUGCUCUUGUGCCUUAGUGAGAGUCAUGAAUAGAGAUGGGCUGUGGAUAUUCCACUGGGCAUGCUGUUAUAUCAGUGGAGGCAGUGUCUGUGUUGGCAGAGCAGAAGCAUACAUGGAAAUGUUCCCCCCUUGUUUAUGUGAGCAGUUAGUUUUUGUCUCGGCUCACCAGGGCUGGACCAUAAUACCCAUAACCAUAAUACUAUUACACAUGAUGUGGCAUUCUCACUGUUUUUAUGGCAGUUUGGCCUUUUGAAUUUUAUUUUUUAUAUAUAUAUUGUUGAUAAAUAAAUAAAACUUUCCGAUAUGCAUUUUACUUA